UCUCCCGACUCUUUCUGUCUCUCUCUCUCUCUGUACCCUUCCAUUUAUCCCUGUUUUCUCUGUCGACGACCUUCUCAACCAAUACCAACUCGCUUUGAAUCGCCAUGUCUGCUCUCAACGAUAUCAUCAACCUCAACCUCUCCGAGACCACCGACAAGAUCAUCGCCGAGUACAUAUGGAUCGGCGGUUCGGGCAUCGACUUGCGAAGCAAGGCCAGGACGCUGGCGGGCCCGGUGACCGACCCGGCCAAGCUGCCGAAGUGGAACUACGACGGUUCGAGCACGGACCAGGCCCCCGGCCACGACAGCGAAGUCAUCCUGUACCCACAGGCGGUGUUCAAGGAUCCCUUCAGAAGAGGAAACAACAUCUUGGUCAUGUGCGAUGCCUACACGCCCGCCGGCGAGCCGAUCCCGACCAACAAGAGAUUCGCCGCCGCCAAGGUCUUCAGUCACCCUGACGUGGCCGCCAAAGAGCCCUGGUAUGGCAUCGAGCAGGAGUAUACCCUCCUUCAAAAGGAUGUUCGCUGGCCUGUUGGAUGGCCGGUGGGCGGUUUCCCUGGCCCUCAAGGACCGUACUACUGUGGAGUGGGCGCGGACAAGGCGUUCGGCCGAGACAUAGUGGACUCUCACUACAAGGCCUGCUUGUAUGCCGGAAUCAACAUCGGUGGGAUCAACUGCGAAGUCAUGCCGAGCCAGUGGGAGUUCCAAGUGGGCCCUUCGGUCGGAAUCUCUGCCGGAGACCAAACAUGGGUCGCCCGUUACAUUCUCGAGAGGAUCACAGAAAUUGCUGGGGUGGUCCUUUCUUUCGACCCGAAACCGAUCAAGGGUGAUUGGAACGGUGCCGGUGCCCACACGAACUACAGCACCAAGUCCAUGAGGGAGGACGGCGGCCUCGGCGCGAUCAAGAAGGCGAUCGAGAAGCUGGGAUUGCGCCACAAGCACCACAUCGCCGCGUACGGAGAGGGCAACGAGAGGAGGCUGACCGGCCAUCACGAGACCGCGGACAUCAACACGUUCUCUUGGGGGGUUGCGAACCGAGGAGCAUCCAUACGCUUGGGCCGCGAUACCGAGAAAGCCGGAAAAGGCUACUUCGAAGACAGGAGGCCUGCGUCAAACAUGGACCCGUACGUUGUCACCUCCAUGAUCGCCGAGACCACCAUUCUCUGGAAACCUUAAGGAUUUCAAAACCGGGGAAAAAAAUAUAUUUUCUUGAUUAGGUCUGAUUCUAUGGUGUCGUAAAUAAAGGACGGAAUUGUUUCUCGUCUUCUGUCUUUCAUAUUAUGUUGAAGUUA